CCACGCUAGACCAUAAACUUUUUGAAAGGAAAAGAAGCUUUUUUUUUCAUGACUAUGCGCUUAGCGACGAUGAAAAUAUCGAAGCAUGCGAUGGCGUGUUAGCCACACGGAGCCACCUCCACGAAAGAAGCACUUUCAAAGAAAGCUGUUUUCAAAUCGGGCCUGCUUUAGAUCUACAGAGCAUUUUUUAGUAGUCUAGCUCGCAUAGAGAUAGAAGUUACGGGACGCAAGUGUGGCUACGGAAACAUAUGACAAGAAAGUUCUCCGCUAACUAUAGGAAUUUUUGUUCGUCUGACUUUGUUCUGAUAGUCACGCUGUAAAUUUACAGAGUCACCAUCACGUCACACCAUAAUCAUUCACAGUCAACAUCACUUACUUCGACGCUUGCUAUUCCUUUCACAAGUAGCUAGGUAGUUUAGUACGAAUUAAUAGUACAGCGCGCACUCAUCACACUGUACAUAUGACAAUUGGCGGCCCGUUUGUCGGGACUUCCCAGCAAGCCAGGCACCAAAGCGGCUCGAUUUGGAACGACGCCACUGUUGCAGUCGAGAAGAUGUUUUACGACGAAAAUGCGGACCAGCGUGCCUACCAGUACAUGAACAACCAGCAAAGACCAUCAGGCCAAGGCACCAACUCCUACCCGAACGGCGCACAUCAAGGGCCCCCUCCAUCAGCGAACUACACGACCCCCGCGAAUUACAACACCUACCCCAGCAACGGCUACCCGGGGGCGAAUACCACGACAACUGAAAGCGCGUACUACAACAAUGGCAGCAGCUACAACUACGCGGGUUCUUCUUUUCCGGGCGGGGCAGCACCCGAGGCGCCCCCACCCGGCAGUCCGCAAAGAUCAUACCAUGGUGGAACAAAUUUCAACAGUGGCACGCCUAGUAAUUUCCCGCCGCGAGUAGAUCAUGAUCACUCAAACUCGCCACCACUCGGUGCUGGCUACGGGGGGCACAACAACGGUGAGCCUGGCGGCAACCGCCCGCCCAUAGACGCGCUCCAAUGGCUGGCGGAGAGGCACAACGAAUUGUGGGAACAAAAUCUCUUGGACGCGCCCCCGAGGGACUACGUGCCGAAAACGCCACUGAACGCCGUGCCGACCUGGGCGAGCACGGGAAACGCGGCCGAGAAGUUCCAGAACUUCCAAAGCGGAGGCAGCAGCAGUUCCACCGCGGCGCCGGGAAGCCCGUUUGGAGUGGACCAGCCGCUGAACACCCGGGUCCGCCUCUUCUGCGGGGACGUGGCAUCGCUAGAGGUAGACGCAGUAGCCUUCGACUUCAGCUACAGCUCCCUCACAAAAUCGACCGGACAUAGGUAUAGAUACUUACAACUACAUCUACAUGUUGGCAACAAGUAAAGGAAUCCUCUAGAAGAUGUGACUGAACGUCUAACUUACAUGGUAUCUGGUUGUGACAUAAUGAUGUAAAGAGCGGGUAGUUCUUAUGCAUCCAAACCCAAAGCCGAUUGCAUAGAAAAGAUACAAUUCGUGACUCGUCACAGGUUGCUGAGUUUGGGUGGCGCAAAGUUGAUAACCGAGCUCUGCAACGCGGAGCGCAUGCGGAGCGGGGAGGCGCAAGUGAUGAAGGGGAACUUCGGGAAUUUGCACUGCUCCAAGGUCCUCCCCUUCUGCGGCCCGAACUACAAGGAGAAAUACACGACGGCGGCCAAGAACACGCUCUCGCAGUGCGUGCGGAACGUGACCGGGUUGUGCUACGAGGUGCCCAACAGCAUAAAAUCCCUCGCCUUUCCCCUGCAGUACGCCGCAGAGAAGCAAUUUCCGCUGGACCAGUGCCUGCACGUGGUGUUCCGCACCCUGCGGCGGUGGCUCCCCAAGUUGCAGCAGGCGGCCGUGGGUGCGGCCGGUGGUAGUAGCAACAAUAAUCCCACCUUUGUGCCCCCGCAGCCGCUCACCGUCGUUCUGUACACCGAGCACCAGGCCGAGUACGAGCUUGCACAGACGCUGCUGCAGCUCUAUUUUCCCCGGUCGCCCGAGGAUUCCGUGGCCGGCAUGGCCCUCGUGGGCCCCGACUUUUCCUUCGGAACCGCCACCGGGGAGGAGGAGCAGUCCGCGGACCGCGUGCUCAAGGUGCCGGACUUCGUCGCCCGCCGGCGGCAGGAGGAGGAGGAAGAGUCGGACGACAACGCCACCACCGCCGUAAGGAAAAAGGGUCUCCCGGAUCCGGCGGGCCACGAGCCGGACGACUUGCACGGAUUUUCCACGGAAUUCCACGCGGAUUGGACCGAGAAAGAGGUUGCGCGCCUCGACGCCACGCUCUGGGACGUCGAAAGCACGAACGACCUGCACCAUAUCUACCUCAGGUACAGAUUGAGGUUUUGGUCGAUUGAUAGUAGACUGUAGUAUGAUGUGUGGGACGACUCUAUUUCGCAUGAUUUUUCCAUAAUGCAGCUCUUGACGUUCCUGCAAUGGAGUUAGUUUACACUGAGAAGAUGAGAUGUUGUCGAUGUGAAAUAUUUCUCUCCAUUGUUUCAAACGCGAAACAACACAGAUACCUUCGCGAGGCGGCGUCACCGGCGUAUGCCUCCACGAUGCGCGAGCUAGACAGGUUUGAGUUUCUAGUGUACGCGGGCAAAGACCAGCUUGGGAGGCAUGUCAUCGUUUUCUCGGAAGCGCUCAUCCCCAUCGCACGAUACGAGCAGGACAUCCUGAUUCGGUAAAAACUAGAAGGAGCACUUAUUUGCUUUUUAGCUACUCCCCGUGCAGUUAUUUUUCGAUUAAGUCAGAUCAUGAAGAUGCCGGAUUUGUCCUUUCGAUUUCCUACACCAUAAUAUUGAUUUUCCACAUUUUGGGUGAAAUGCGGCUUUUGCUCCUCUUGCUCCAGUUGUCUGGUCACACACGACGCGCUUAUGUUCGAGUGGCCUCGUCCUAGAAGUAGUAGGUACGUAGAGGAGUAACAUGUAGUUUUAAGUAUGCAAAAAUCGGAUUUUCAGAUACAUCGUAUCCAAGAUCGAGCCGUACUCGAACGCCAGCUUUCUGAUUGUCUACGCCCACGGGGGUAUGGCCUCCGCGAACGCGAUUCUGGACGUCUGGAAAGAGCUGAUCCGGAUCUCGCAAUUCAAGUACUCGCGGUUCCUGCAGAACCUGCUCGUCUUGCACCCCACCUUGUCCUUCAAGGCGGCGUUUGCCUUGCUCAGCUACUACAUACCGGAGAGUCUCUACGAAAACAGCAUCUACUUCGAAUCCAUCGCCGAGCUCACGCGGUGGCUCAACUUCCCCGGGCUGGAGCUGGCGCCGUGUAUUCGCAACUACGAGCAAGAAAGGAACGAGUCGCUUUUCGGAAACUGGUGGUAGAGAGUCUGGGCAGUUUGUUUUCCGUUGUAGGAGAUCCACUGUACUAGCGCUCUGGUGCUGCUGGUGGUACUACUGUAGCCUACAACCACGACCUGGAGACGCGCCGCGCAACAUACUAUGAUCUAAACUACACGUAGUAGAAGCGACAUUUGUUCUAACCGCAUAAAAACAAGUUCUUCACAGCGCAAAUUAAGCCCGACAAAGAAAACGCAU